CUCCUGAAGAUGUCUGCUGUUAACCCGUCUGCCGAGUCGCAGUUGGCCACGACUCACGAGUACUUGGCCCCGGGUUGUGUGUCGUUUGCACAGGGGGGUUUCAUAGCUAUCGUAUCGUGGGCUUUCGAGAAUCGACAGGCUGACUGCUUCAUUCAGAUGCCAAUACCGUACCAUGUACCCAAGCAUCCUCUCUCCAUCAGAUCAAACCGUGACCCCGCACCACCGCAAUAACCUCAAAACUCUGUCGAGACUCGACUGCACGCUAACACACCCAGCACAUCGGCGAUUACAUAUCACGUGUGCAGCACCGAUCAGCCGGGCGGAUAUACCCGGGGGCCGGGGGGAUGGGAUGGGCCGGCUUGGCGCUUUAAAGCUUCGGACUCCGGAGCGUGCCAAGUCUGGAGUCUGGGAGCCCAGACUCCGCAAGCGCAGCUACGGAAGUCCAGCUACGGAAACCCAGCUAUCGAAGCUUCGAAGCUUCGACAAGCUCACUACUCCAAGCUCCGAGCUCCGAGCUUCACCAUCCCACGCGGAAGAUCGAUGCCGCCUACGCUACGUUUCCGAUGAGAUUCGAUUAUCACUCGAAAACACCGAAAACAUCGAGGAUUUACAGCUGACAUACGGCUUGUUCGCGGGCUGGAUUCGACAGUACUCUACGGCUACAGUUACGGCUACAGUCAUCGGGAUGCUGCCGUUUCGGAACCGGCACGGACUAGCGCCCGGGGCCGACACGACUGUUCAUGCCAAGGUAUGGCGCGUUCUCCGACUGGAGUUUGACAGCAGGGCUACAGGCAUCGGUCGGAUCCUAUUGUUUCGGAAUCUCUGCGAACUGGCUCCCAAGGCCCACAACUGCCCACACGCGGUCGUGUCGACCAGCAUUUUUUCCGGUGAAGCGUCAUUUGUGGGGAUCUGCCGUGUGGCAGCGGAAUGGGUGAUGGAGAUGGCUGUUAGGCGCCGCAUUUGUGGCGUUAAGGUUAGACAUUGGCACGUGAGCCUGGCGGCGGGACGGAAGAUUUACAGGUCCUCGAGUUUGUGAGAUAGACUUGGAAUAAAAACACACAUCGUUGCGUGC